AUGCCGCCUUUGGUGCCAGUGCGGACUUCUGUGUUGGAAGAGUUCUGGCGAUAUCAAUCCUUGGAGGAAGCUGACUCCAUCCCCAAGGAACGGCCCCCCUACCCCCCGCGCUGGUGUCCAAGUGGGAUGCCAGCACAGCCCGCCACAGCCCAGACGUCCAGCUUAUGCGGUGGUGUGUCUGUGGGACGGGUGGCCACCGGCGUGUCUGCCCCCUUCAUCGGGGCUCCAAAUAUUACAACUGCUGCUGUUUGUGUAUAUCCAGCAAGAGUAGCCGACGCUGUCAAAGCACUCAGGGCUGCUGGCUGUAAGAUCCCUGUAGCUUCAGUGGCAACGGGGUUCCCGGCGGGGCAGACGGCCCUGAAAACUCGCUUGGAGGAGAUCCGCUUAGCGGUGGAAGAUGGUGCCAAAGAGAUCGACAUUGUCAUUAACAGGACCUUGGUCCUAACGGGCCAAUGGGAAGUCCUCUACGAGGAAAUCCAUCAGUUUCGUCAGGCCUGUGGCGAAGCUCACAUGAAGACUAUCUUGGGGACUGGAGAGCUGGGAUCGCUUACGAAUGUCUACAAAGCCAGUCUGAUAGCCAUGAUGGCAGGUUCUGAUUUCAUUAAGACCUCUACGGGAAAAGAAGCGGUUAAUGCUACUAUUCCAGUUGGGCUGGUGAUGGUGAGAGCCAUCAGAGAUUACUUCUGGAGAACAGGCUACAAGGUUGGCUUUAAGCCCGCAGGAGGAAUCCGUACUGCCAAAGACGCCCUCACUUGGCUCUCCCUGAUCAAGGAGGAACUAGGAGACGAGUGGCUGAAGCCGGAACUCUUCCGCCUGGGUGCCAGUACUUUGCUGGCCGAUAUUGAGAGACAGAUUUACCAUCACGUGACCGGCAGAUACGCAGCAUACUACGACCUGCCUAUGGCUUAGCCUCGUGACUAAUGCAGGAUGCGAAAGCUAGAGAAAGCAGCUUACAGAAAACAAUGUCCUUGAAUUAUUUCCUGCGACCAAACCCCCCAAGUGCUUAUGGGAAACUCAGAGGGCCAGCGUGCUCUGGUUUCAUGGUUUCGUUGUACCUAAGAAUGUGCCAAACUCCACAGAUAAAUAUGGCAACCUGUGAAUAUUU